AUGAAAGGCGUUAAAAAGGAAAACUUAAAUUCAUAUCAUGCUAAAUAUAUGUGGCGUGAAAGAUUUAGAAAUAACGAGUUUUAUAAAAAUUUAGAAUGUUUGACUGAAAUGAAUGAAAAUGAUUAA